CCAGGGGGAACUUGAAACAGUCUAACGGACAAAGGGGGGAAAGUCAUGCAGUCACUCCUGCGCGCAACAGAUAUUCACUGCAAAGUAUGUGAUUUAUUGCAGUUCAUGUGUUAACCGAGUUUUUGUGUUUAAGAUUAUCGAACAAUAUGCCACCGAAAGCACAGUUUGCGUAAUAUUUUAUUCCGUGAACGUGAGGCGUUAGUUACAGACGGAACUUCCAAAGACAAUGCAGACGAGCAGAAGUUUGCGUCUCUUUUUGGCACUGACGUUGCCGUGCUGUUUCGUGGCGUCUGGACAAUAUCACGGAGAUAGUGGACUCGCCGUCCCUGAUCAUGGAUUCUGUCAGCCGAUAACCAUCCCUCUGUGCACGGACAUAGCUUAUAAUCAGACUAUAAUGCCGAACUUGGUGGGCCACUAUAACCAAGAAGAUGCGGGUUUGGAGGUCCAUCAGUUUUACCCGCUGGUCAAGGUACAGUGCUCUCCCGAACUCAAGUUCUUCCUGUGCUCCAUGUAUGCACCCGUGUGUACAGUUCUGGAGAAAGCCAUCCCCCCGUGUCGCUCCAUUUGCGAGAGGGCAAAGCACGGCUGCGAGGCCCUCAUGAACAAGUUCGGUUUCCAGUGGCCAGAGCGCUUGAGAUGUGAAAAUUUCCCCGUGUUGGGUGACGGACACAUUUGCGUAGGUCAGAACGACUCCACGGCCACAGUGUCACCCGUUCACAUGCCUGUUCCAGGAACACCCGGAGUUCAUGUGUACUCGACGCCGGACAAACCAUUCCGCUGUCCGUCAGUGCUCAAAGUCCCGUCCUACCUCAGCUACAAGUUCUUGGGUGAGUUGGACUGUGGUGCGCCAUGUGAGUCCUCCAAAACGCACGGCGCCUAUAUGUUCUUCAUGGACCAGGAGAUUGAAUUUGCCCGGAUUUGGAUCCUUAUAUGGUCCUCUCUUUGCUGUGCCUCCACAUUAUUUACUGUAACCACAUAUUUAGUGGACAUGCAGCGUUUUAAAUACCCUGAGCGCCCUAUUAUCUUUCUGUCUGGUUGCUAUACCAUGGUCUCCAUUGCAUAUAUUGCUGGCUAUUUCCUUGGGGAUAAAGUUUCGUGCAAUGAGAGCUUUUCCCCCGAUGGCUAUAAAACCAUUGUUCAGGGUACAAAAAAGGAAGGGUGUACCAUUCUUUUCAUGAUGCUGUAUUUCUUCAGUAUGGCCUCAUCUAUUUGGUGGGUCAUCCUGUCUCUUACCUGGUUCCUGGCUGCGGGUAUGAAAUGGGGCCAUGAAGCUAUUGAAGCCAAUUCCCAGUACUUUCACCUGGCUGCCUGGGCCGUUCCAGCCGUAAAGACUAUUAGUAUCCUGGCCAUGGGGCAGAUUGAUGGAGAUGUUUUAAGUGGUGUCUGCUUUGUGGGCCUGAAUAACCUGGAUCCAUUGAGGGGCUUCGUGCUGGCCCCCCUCUUCAUCUACCUCUUCAUCGGCACCUCCUUCCUCCUCGCUGGUUUUGUGUCGCUCUUUCGCAUUCGCACCAUAAUGAAGCACGACGGCACCAAGACAGAGAAGCUGGAGCGCUUGAUGGUUCGUAUAGGCGUCUUCUCGGUUCUCUACACCGUCCCGGCUACUAUCGUCAUCGCCUGUUUUUUUUACGAGCAGGCCUUUAGACAGCACUGGGAAAGGAGUUGGAUCAGUGCAAACUGUAAGAGCCUGGCCAUUCCCUGCCCCAUGCAACCAGCUCCACACAUGACUCCUGACUUCACCGUAUUUAUGAUCAAGUACCUCAUGACUCUUAUUGUGGGAAUCACUUCAGGAUUCUGGAUCUGGUCUGGAAAGACGCUGCACUCUUGGAAGAAGUUUUACACACGUUUGACCAGCGGCGGGCAAGGGGAGACCACAGUGUAAAACAGCAGAUUGUGAAUUUUGUGCACAUUCUUAAGCAAUAACUGACUUAAUUUCAGAAAUACAAACAGUUAAAAUCUCAAAAAAUAAAGUGCCUUCAUUUGUCAGUAUUUGAAAGGAAUUAUGCCUAUAGCCUUGUUUCUAUAAGUACCAAAUGUCAGACAUUAUGAGACUUUUUAGUGAGUUUUUGGACUCUCAAGUGGAAAGAGAAGUGGCACGUAAGCCACUUGGUUUCUCCAAACAAACAUGGUCAAUUUGAUACCAAGUGCAGAAAUGUUUUCCACCCCAUUCUGUUGCCCCCCUGUUUUUUCUCAUAAGCUGCUGGCCAUAAAAACCUUUUUGGAAAGUGAGAUACCAGCUGGGAAUUCAACAAACGACAAAGCAAACAGAGCUGUGGGGGAGGAAAGCUUGAAAGGGGAUGACAUGUCAUCUAAUAAGUCAGGCAGUUGUGUUAAGUGUAAUUAAAACAUUGUAAAUAAUAUUUGUAAAAAGCAGUAUUUGAACAUUAUUAUAUAUUUCUAUUUAAGCAAUUGUAUUUUUUUUUGUGUGUUUUCAAGUUUGAUACUUUCUUACAGUAGUAUCAAGAAUUUGAUUUGGUGCUACUAGUCUCGCUCUCUCAUAUCAGAUAGCGUUCUAUACUCAUGUUUGUCUCUCUGUUUCGCAUUAAAGUUGCUGUAAAUAAUAAGCUCUCCUCUGCUAUCUCUCCUAAACAUUAUGCAGUAAAUCACUGAAAGAAAAACUCCUUCCAGUGUUGUCUAUGUAUGCAUAUAGACUUGGCAUAGAAGUGACAGCUAACCCAUGGGUGUCAAACUCAGUUCCUGGAGGGCCGCAGCCCUGCAGAGUUUAGUUCCAGCCCUGCUCUAAAAUGCCUCCUUGUAAUCUUCAAGAACUCCUGAAGACCUUGAUUGGCUGCUUCAGGUGUGUUUAAUUAAGGUUGGAGCUAAACUCUGCUGGACUGUGGCCCUCCAGGAACCAAGUUUGACACCCCUGAGCUAACCGUUAUUCACAUGUGUAACCCAUCUGUAUGUAAUUGACUGUUAUUCAGAUUUCCAUUAGAUCCUAGACCCUGUGUAUCAGAGGGUCACAGUUCAGGAUGAGUUUGGAAUGUGUGUGUGUGUCAGAGAGAGAGAGAGUAAUGUUUAAACAGACCUUAUUUUGUUUCAAUGUGGUGUGGAGCAAGCAGUCAUUGAAGAGCAAAUGGUUCUCGCAUGGUCCUGAGAGCUGAGGCAUGUGAAGAAAAAAGCACAUGAUAAUAUGAUUCUGUGUGUCUAGGUCAAAAACCUGCUUUAUAAAACUUUUAUU